CUUCCCCAUCCCACUGGCCAAAUAAAUGCCAAUGGAAACCCUCUCAAUUCUACUCCUUUACUCUUACCCCUACACUCAGGUAUCUCUCCUCUUGGACCUACUGUUCCAGGUAACUGGUUCUUUCCCUCUACUGUGAGCCGAAGAUUGGGAAAGAUGAGUUUCCCUGGCACUUUCAGCACUUCAGAGAUUUCCCCGCCUCUGGUUUUGGAUACAGCAUCCUUACUGGCAUGGAAGUGCCCAUUCCCACCAGCUUGGGCCUCACUCCGGUGACUGGGGACAUCCCGUACAUCAAAUUUUCUGAAUGGAAAUUCAAGCUAUUCAAAGUGAGAUCUAUUGCAAAACCCUCCUCGGGAGAAGCCCAGCCAAGAAAUAAGGAGGACCCACCCCCCGAGAAGUCCAUGCUGGGGAACACUUCAGCUGUCUUGGAAGAUGCGAGCAGCGCAAUAAUGGACAAGCCAGCCAAGGCUCAGGCAGAACUCUGUUCUCUUCUGAAGGCCUCAGGAAAACCCACUGAGGAUGAGAAGGCAAGAGAAAUUGUAAGGCACCAGGCGAAGCUGCAGCAGCUCUGCCGUAUCUGCGGAGUUUCCUUUAAAACUGACCUCCACAAUAGGAAGCACCCAGUGCAUGGACCAGUGGAUGGGAAAACGCAAGCCCUCCUGAGAAAGAAGGAAAAGAAAGCUACUUCUUGGCCAGAACUGAUCUCCAAGGUCUUCAAGAUUGAUGUGAGAGGGGACCUGGACACAGUCCAUCCCACGCAGUUUUGCCACAACUGCUGGAGCAUCAUCCACAGGAAGUUUAGUAAUGCCCCAUGUGAGGUGUAUUUCCCAAGGAAUGCCACUAUGGCAUGGCACCCUCACACAUCAGCUUGUGACCUCUGCCACCCCACGCACCAGAGACUCAAGAGAAAAUGCUGCCAGGUGAACCAGCAGCUCAGCAAAAAACUCAAGACUGGGCCAACUCAGCCUAAGAAAUCCAGAUGGACAAAAGGCCAAGCUCGGAAUCCAAGUGGGCACCAGAGUCUGAUGAAGAAGAUUACCAACUGUAGUAACAUCCACCUGAGCACCAAGUGUCUGGCGGUGGACUAUCCAGCAGACUUUGUGAAGUCCAUUUCUUGCCAGAUUUGCAAGCACAUUCUGGCGGACCCGGUGGAAACCACUUGCAAGCAUUUAUUUUGCAGAACUUGCAUUUUUAAGUGCCUCAAAAUUAUAGGCAGCCACUGCCCCUCUUGCCAGUAUCCUUGCUUUCCUACUGACCUGGAAAGCCCAGUGAAAUCCUUUCUGAAUAUUUUGAACUCCCUGGUGGUGAGAUGUCCAGCUGAAGAAUGUGACGAGGAGGUGAGCCUGGAAAAAUACAACCAUCACGUUUCCAGCCAUAAAGAAACCAAAGAGACUUAUGUGCACAUCAACAAAGGUGGCCGGCCCCGCCAGCAUCUCCUGUCAUUGACCCGACGAGCUCAGAAGCACCGCCUGAGAGAGCUCAAGCUUCAGGUCAAAGCUUUUGCGGACAAAGAAGAGGGAGGAGACGUGAAGGCUGUGUGCCUGACCUUGUUCCUGUUGGCGCUGAGAGCUAGGAAUGAGCACAGGCAAGCCGAUGAAUUGGAAGCAAUUAUGCAAGGAAGGGGGUCAGGGCUUCAGCCAGCUGUUUGCCUCGCCAUACGUGUUAACACCUUCCUCAGCUGCAGCCAAUACCACAAGAUGUACAGGACUGUGAAAGCUAUUACUGGCAGGCAGAUCUUUCAGCCCUUACACUCCCUCCGCAGUGCCGAGAAGGUCCUCUUGCCAGGCUACCAUCCAUUCGAGUGGGAUCCACCCUUAAAAAAUGUCUCGGCUAACACCGAGGUGGGGAUCAUGGAUGGGCUCUCUGGACUGCCAGUCUCAGUGGACGACUAUCCCGUAGACACCAUUGCCAAAAGGUUCCGCUACGACACGGCCCUAGUCUCUGCCUUGAUGGAUAUGGAGGAAGAUAUCCUGGAGGGCAUGAAAUCCCAAGACCUCGAUGACUACCUAAGCGGCCCCUUCACCGUGGUGAUCAAAGAGUCUUGUGACGGGAUGGGAGAUGUGAGUGAGAAGCACGGGAGUGGGCCGGCAGUCCCUGAAAAAGCGGUUCGCUUUUCUUUCACCAUCAUGAAUAUCACUCUGGCUUACGAGCAAGAGAAUGUAAAGAUCUUUGAAGAGGCCAAGCCCAACUCAGAGCUGUGCUGUAAACCACUCUGUCUGAUGUUGGCUGACGAAUCGGAUCAUGAGACCCUGACAGCCAUCUUGAGCCCACUCAUAGCGGAGAGAGAGGCCAUGAAGGACAGCGAAUUGAAGCUGGAGAUGGGAGGCAUCCUGAGGACCUUCAGAUUCAUCUUUAGGGGCACCGGCUAUGAUGAGAAACUUGUCCGGGAAGUGGAAGGUCUUGAGGCUUCUGGCUCAGUCUACAUUUGCACUCUCUGUGAUGCCACCCGCCUGGAAGCAUCUCAGAAUCUCGUCCUUCACUCCAUAACCCGGAGCCACGCUGAGAACCUGGAGCGCUAUGAAGUCUGGCGGUCCAAUCCCUUCCACGAGUCUGUGGAAGAACUGCGGGACAGGGUGAAAGGGGUUUCGGCAAAGCCGUUCAUUGAGACCGUUCCUUCCAUAGAUGCGCUCCACUGUGAUAUCGGCAAUGCGGCCGAGUUCUAUAAGAUUUUCCAGCUGGAGAUUGGGGAGGCAUAUAAGAACCCCAAUGCGUCCAAAGAGGAAAGGAAAAGAUGGCAGGCCACCCUAGACAAACACCUCCGGAAGAAGAUGAAGCUGAAGCCGAUCAUGAGGAUGAACGGCAAUUUUGCUAGGAAGCUUAUGUCCAAAGAGACGGUUGAAGCAGUCUGUGAAUUGGUUCACUGUGAAGAGAGGCAUGAAGCCCUGAGGGAGCUGAUGGACCUUUAUCUGAAGAUGAAACCAGUGUGGCGCUCAUCCUGCCCCGCCAAGGAGUGCCCAGAGUCUCUGUGCCAGUACAGUUUCAACUCACAGCGCUUUGCCGAGCUCCUGUCUACCAAGUUUAAGUACAGAUAUGAGGGCAAAAUCACUAAUUACUUUCACAAAACUCUGGCUCACGUUCCUGAGAUCAUAGAGCGGGAUGGUUCCAUUGGGGCCUGGGCUAGUGAGGGGAAUGAGUCAGGGAACAAACUGUUCAGGCGUUUCCGAAAAAUGAAUGCCAGGCAGUCUAAGUGCUACGAGAUGGAGGAUGUUUUGAAGCAUCACUGGUUAUAUACUUCUAAAUACCUGCAAAAGUUCAUGAAUGCCCAUAAUGCCUUGAAAAGCCAAGGCUUCACUAUCAACCCAGAAUCAGGUUUCGAGGGCUCCCUUGUCUUGGAGGAUUCUCUGGAACCCCUAGAUUCAAUGGAACUCUAAAUGGAGAAACCUGCUGAGAGGUGAUUUUGCAAAUCAAUCUCCCUGUGGGUUGCAGUGAGGUUUAGCACAGUCUGGGGAGCUUUGACCUUUGGGUGUCAGAGGUAAUCCCCACCCAGGAGAAGGGCUUGGUAGGUACUGGAAGCAUGGAUGGUGGAGGCCAAGGAACCAUUAAGUAUUGUUGGUUCUAAUUGGCAGACCACUAGAGAGCUCAGAAAAGGAAAGGAGGGAAUUGCUUUUUGAGGACUCGGUAGUUCAAGAUUCAAACUACAGGGAGUCAAGGUAAUAGACAAGACGUAUGUAUGCAUGGCAUGAGGGUGAAACCUAGAGGUUGUGAGAAAGCUUCCUAAGCAGAUUAUCUUGAUUUGCAUCAUUAUGAUUUAUUAACCAUUCUAAAAAUGAUAUUAUAUGCUGUUUUUAACCAUCUAUUUUUCUUACAUUUCCUUUUUUGA